GCAACUUCACCAGAUGAGAAAGCGCUUGUUGAAGCAGCCUCAAGACUUGGUGUUGUCUUCGCUGGUAAAGAACGUGAUUUAGCUGAAGGUGGUUCGAACAGAGUUUACAUUGACUAUUGGUCCUGUUCACCAGCACCUGGCGAUAAACAAGCAAAAUAUCUUGGUCAGAAAUCUUAUCUUAUUGAUGCUGUACUAGAGUUCGAUUCAGUACGGAAACAAAUGUCCGUUAUGGUACGAUAUCCUGAUGGAUCAUAUUAUGUUUUGAGUAAAGGUGCAGAGGUUUCUAUGCUGGAUCCUGAGAAAUGUCCUGUUAAUUCUGGUAAACGACGUACUUCUGCAUUGAAAUAUGUCAAUGAAUAUGCUAUCAAUGGUCUGCGUACACUUGUAUUCGGUGAACGUAAAUUAGAGAAAGACGCUUACAUGAAAUUACUUAAUGAUUUAAAAGCAUCUUCUGGUUUAAUUGGUCAAUCUCGUGUCAGUGCAUUGAGAGAAUGUUACUAUAAAAUUGAAUCGGAUAUGAAACCGAUAGCUGUUACUGGUAUUGAGGAUAAACUGCAACCUGGGGCGAAAAGUUGUAUACAAGCAUUAAAAGAGGCAGGAAUACAAAUAUGGAUAUUAACUGGAGAUAAAGCAGAGACAGCGAUCACAGUAAGUCAAUCAGUUGGACAUUUCACAUCAAAUAUGACGCUGAUACGAUUAACAGGCUAUCAAGAUCUACAGUCAACAGCUUAUAAAAUAUACGAACAGUUACAACGUCUACAACCCCCCAUGUUUCAUGAACAAAGCGGAAUUAAACAGCCUAGACUAUCAUUCGUUGGUGAUUCCAUUCUACCAAGAGUUCAAGCUUUCAUCUCUGAUACAAUCUCACGGACAUCAAUAGCAGAAUCGUAUUCAUAUGCGAAUACUGAUAAUGAAUUUAAACCUGAUGUCUACUAUUAUGGUAAAAAUAAUAAUAGUAGCAUUAAUAAAGUAUCUCCACGGAUAGACACUAGAAAUUGUAAAUCAUAUAUUAGGCGAAAACAUAAGAAAAGACCAGGUAUGGCAAAUGAACCUAUUGGACUUGUUAUAGACGGGAAAACUAUUCAAUAUGCAUUACAUCCAUCAGUACGUACAGCGUUUCUUGAUUUAUGUAUGAGAGUUACAACUGUAUUAUGCUGUCGUAUGACACCGCUGCAAAAGGCAUCUAUAGUCAAAUUAGUUCAAAUUGGCUUGGCUAAAUAUACACGUCAGGGUGUUAAACCAGUGACAGCUGCUAUCGGAGAUGGUGGCAAUGAUGUGGCUAUGAUAUUACAGGCUAAUAUUGGUGUUGGAGUUUAUGGGAAAGAAGGUCGUGAAGCGGCAAGAGCCUCUGAUUAUGCAAUUACCCAGUUCAGGCAUUUACGGCGUCUACUAUUAUUACACGGUCAUUGGUCAUAUUAUCGUAUUACAAUAACAAUGUUAUUCUUUUAUCAUAAAUGUGUUGCAUUUGUCGCAAAUCAAAUGUGUUUAACCUAUUUCACGGGAUUCUCAGAAAUACCAUCCUUUGGAACUAUCCUAUUUGUAUGUUAUAAUUUAACAAUGACAUUUCUAGUCAGUAUGGGUUAUGGAAUGUGGGAACAGCAUAUUAAAGCGAAAAUUUUGCUAGAUAAACCACAUUUAUACAGAGCUUGUAAUUAUUAUUUAACAUUAAAACAAUUGCUAUUGUAUCUUUCACCUCCAGGCAGUAAAUGUUAUAUAUGCAGAAAACGUCUGGGUUUAACUGGCAUGAACUGUAGAUGUGGUAAUACCUUCUGUGCAUAUCAUCGUUAUACUGAUCGACAUGAAUGUACAUAUGAUUAUCAAGAGGAGGCACAUAGAGAAAUACAACGUGAAAAUCCUGUUGUCAAUGGAGAGAAAAUAAGAAAACUUUAAUUUUUUUUCUUCUCAUUAUGCGCCUACAUAUCUGUAUACAUAUACAUAUAAACAAAAAAAGAGAAUGGGAUAAUUUUUUCAUUUAAUAUAUAAGAAUAUUGACUUAAAAAAUGGAUAGCCAUCACUCCCUCCAACGUA